AUGGUGAGGAGUCAACGGCCAUUCAAUUCGGACUCCUCGGGUGAAAGUCCGAUUCGCUUUAAAACCUCCAUUCGCAAUAUUGUUCUCGAUGUGAUGCGGAGUCGGGGAUGGGUUGAGACCGAUAGCGAGUUUGAUUGGAACUACCACUGGGCCGAUACGGGGUGGAUUCGUGAAAAUUAUGAUUACAUCCGCCUUGAAGAUCACCAGCGGAUUAACCACUAUCGCAAUCACUACGAGCUCACGCGAAAGGACAUGAUGGCGAAAAAUUUCAAACGCAUGAAAAAGAUGGUGGAGAAGGAAGGGGAUGCCGAGGAGGCGGCGGCGUGGGACUUCUUCCCAACGACGUUUUCCCUCCCGCAGGAGUACGGCCUCUUCGAGCAGGAAUUCCGCCGCCGAAUGAACGCGAUUUGGAUUAUGAAGCCCCCGGCGAAGGCCCAGGGGAAAGGGAUUUUUCUCUUUUCCAAACUUUCGCAGAUCUCGGACUGGCGAAGGGAGUUUCGCCAGCGCCAAGGGAUGCUCACGAACCUCGGGGGAAACGGCGGGGGCGGGAACGCCAUCCUCGCCAACAACCCCUACGGGGUCGACCCGGUUGAACCCUAUCUCGCCCAACGCUAUAUUGCGAAUCCGCAUUUGGUUUGUGGAAAGAAGUACGAUUUGCGGAUUUAUGUUUUUGUGCAAAGCUAUAAUCCGCUCGUGGUGUGGCUGCACCGGACGGGGUUCGCGCGGUUUUGCUAUCAUCGCUAUUCCCUGGAGGACAUCGACAACACUUUUAUUCACGUCACCAACGUCGCGGUGCAGAAAACCAAUCCGCGGUAUACCGCGCUCUCGAGCUGUAAAUUCGGCAUUCGCAACCUGCGAAUGCUCAUUAGCGCCUCGGAAGGGACCGCGCGGGCGAAUCAGCUCUUUGACGACAUCCAAAAUUUAAUCUUACGCACCCUCUUCUCGGUCCAGCGGGUGAUUGUGCAGGAUAAACACUGCACGGAGCUCUACGGCUAUGAUAUCAUGAUCGACGACGAAUUUCAUCCGUGGUUGAUCGAAACCAACGCGUCGCCCUCGCUAACCGCGGAGACGCCGGCGGAUUACCACCUGAAAUUCAACCUCCUGGAUGAUAUGUUUAACGUGCUGGAUUUGGAAAAACGCCAGGGCGGGAAUCGGACGCGGGUGGGAGGGUUUGAUUUGAUUUGGUGUAAUGGCCCUGUGGGGUCCACCCCGAGCGAUUCGAAGGCGCCCACAUCGGGAUCGUUGUUGGGCUGCCUAAACGAGUUGGAGAUUCCGAUCUCGAUGGUUCGGAUGCCGCCACGCCUGCAGGGGCCUGAUAUGAGCAAGCGACUGUUAACAUAA